CAAAGAUUGUUUGGCAUAGACAGUGAGGACUCAGGAGCACCGGAUAAUUAUUCUGAAGCAAUGUGAUUGGGUCAGAGUCUCUCUCUCUCUCUCUCUCUCUCUCUCUCUCUCUCUCUCUCUCUCAUGCCACUACUGUUUUAGAAGCUUUAUGUAUAGAAGGAGACUAGCCUCAACCUUACCUGCUCAAGGUGGGGGUGGGGUGGUGGUGAGGGGUCAUUGAAAACCAAAGCAAGAAAGUUCUUAGGAAAAAAAAAGCCUAAAAGAACCCAGCCCCCCUCCCCUCCCCUCCCCUCCCUCUAAAAGCUUAAAGAAAGCUGAUCUCUCAAAAGCAACUGCUUUCCCCCUCUCUCUCUUCGAGUUCUUCUACUAUGAGUAAAGCUGCUGAGAGAUAAACAGCACCCACUUCAACAGCAAACACCACAGGGUUCAGGAUCCACUAUCUCUCAUAGCCAUCCAUCCUAGGGACGGCUUAUAUUUUCCACCCCCACCCCCCCCAAAAAAAAAAAAAAAAAAAAUUACUAAAGUACCAGAAUCCACUCAUGUUCGACAACACCACCACUACUGCUGCCUCAUUUGGUCCUUCCUCUUCGUCUGAUGCCUUCACUUCCUCAGAAAAUGGAAUUUCCAACAAACGCAAAAGACGCCCCGCUGGUACCCCUGAUCCGGAUGCGGAGGUGGUUUCUCUCUCCCCGAAAACGCUACUAGAAUCGGACCGGUACGUGUGCGAGAUCUGCAACCAAGGGUUCCAGCGGGACCAGAACCUCCAGAUGCACCGGCGGCGGCACAAAGUGCCGUGGAAGCUCCUGAAGCGGGAGUCGCCCGAGGUGAGGAAACGGGUUUUCGUCUGCCCCGAGCCCAGUUGCCUGCACCACGACCCGACCCACGCGCUCGGGGAUCUGGUCGGGAUCAAGAAGCAUUUCAGGAGGAAACACAGCAAUAACAAGCAGUGGGUGUGCGAGAAGUGCGCAAAGGGCUACGCCGUUCAGUCCGAUUACAAGGCCCAUCUUAAAACCUGUGGUACCCGCGGCCAUUCUUGUGACUGCGGCCGUGUUUUUUCCAGAGUUGAGAGUUUCAUCGAACACCAAGACGCUUGCAACGUCCGGCGGGUCCGGCCGGAAGUACUACAGGCGCUGCAACCGGUGUGCUCCUCGCGGUCGGCGUCGAGCACAAGUCCGUCGAGCGACAAUAAUUUCGGCACUGUGCCGUUGCAAAGAAUUUCAGUCCCGCCCAAUACUUCCGAAGCCAUGUUUCUAGGCCCCGAGCGCUACAGUUGUUCGAGUACCAAUGAUCACCACCAUAACUUGGAACUCCAGCUCUUGCCCUCGUCGAAUCACGUGUCGCGUAGUUGUGAUCAGAAUCAUGCGACGAAUUUGAAACUAUCGAUCGGGUCGCCCAAUCAAGAGAGGAAUGGUACAGAAGCACAAGCAGCAAUGGAAGCAUCAAGAGUGAAGGAAGGAGCGAGUGAGCAGCUGAAGCUGGCGAUGGCCGAGAAGGCCUACGCGGAAGAAGCUAGAAGACAAGCGAAGAAGCAAAUCGAGCUGGCCGAGUUGGAGUUUGCCAAUGCCAAGAGAAUCAGACAACAAGCACAAGCCGAAGUCGAAAAGGCUCAAGUUUUGAAAGAACAAGCUUCUAAGAAAAUCAGCUCCACCAUUUUGCAAAUAACAUGCCACUCUUGCAAACAACAGUUCCAAGCAACAACCGGUGUCACUGCUGCAGCACCGGUUGAUGAAAUUUCCCUAGCUGCAGCUAGUUAUAUGUCAUCGGCCAUUACAGAAGGAGAAGGAUAAUAAAAAUAGUAACAGUAUAAAACCCUCUCUCUCUCUCUCUCUCUCUCUCUAUGAGAUCAACUGUUGUAUUAAUGUGUUAGUUGUAUAUCGUUUGUUUGUAUUUUCUCAUGUGGGGGGUGUCAGAGUCUGGUCAUCUAAUUAAGUGUGUAGAAGUUCAUUCAAUUGAGUGUUGUAAUCUUUUUUGUCUUGGUGUUGAGUAUUUCUUCAUUUGUUUUCUAGAACGAAACCCAAAAAAGGGAUUGUUAUCAUGAGUGUUUGGUUUUGUAAUGGCACUGCUACUGAUUAUUUAGAUACCUUUUGUUUUGCA